AUGAAACGUUGCCUCGUUCUUUCUACCUUCUUUCUAUCUUUUAUCUUCGCAAUCGACUCUCCUUCUCUGAUACUCUCUCCUCUAGAUCUCCCUUCAUUCUCUACCUCCUGUCUCUCUGUAAAUCCUAAGCCAUCACCACCUCCCUUCUCUCUAGCACGUUCUAGGGAGAUCUACAAGCUUCCGUUUCUCUCGUUUUCUCUCAACACAUUAUGUCCAAGUCGAGGGUUUCACCAAGCACCUGCAAUUGCCGCCCCAGUGAAUAGUGAGGCGUUGGAGACGAGGAAAAGCAAAAGUAAGCAAGGAGUGAACAACUGGAAAGAUCAUGAGUUUUCUGAUUAUACAAGGAGGUUACUUGAGACUGUUUCUAGGCUAGUUAGGAUUAUAGAGGAAGUUAGUUCAGGCAAUGGGGACUUGAAGAAUGUGGAAGCGGCAUUAAAGGAUGUGAAAUUGAAGAAAAAAGAAUUGCAAUAUGAGAUUAUGACUCGACUUUAUGCAGAGUUAAGUGUUUUGAGGGGAAAGAAAAUGGAAUUGGAUAGAAAGUCCGGGGACAUUCUUGAUUCCAUGAUGAAGUCUAAGAGAGAGAGAAAGAUAGGGUUCUGGAAAGAAGUGGGAAAAAGACGACCAAGGAGCAUGUGCUGGCAGAAAACAGAUAUUAAAACAAAACUGUUGGAAGAUGCUGAAUUUGGUAAAGAAUAUGUUGCUCAGAAACAGGAAAGAAUCCUUUUGGAUCAUGAUAGAGUGUCAUCAAGAACUUGGUAUAAUGAAGAAAGAAAAAGGUGGGAAAUUCAACCUAUAGCUAUCCCAUAUGCUGUGUCCAGAAAACUAGUAGAAAAUGCAAGAAUCAGACAUGAUUGGGCUGCAAUGUAUUUAACACUAAAGGGAGACGACAAGGAGUUUUAUGUCAAUUUGAAGGAAUUUGACAUGAUGUUUGAUGAUUUUGGAGGAGUUGAUGGGUUGUAUCUAAAGAUGCUUGCCUCAAAUGUUCCAACUGAUAUUCAGUUGAUGUGGAUCCCUUUUCCAGAGUUAGAUAUCCGCCAACAAUUCCUCUUUCCAAUACGUCUCUCUCGCCAGCUAUUAAUUUGGUUAGGAAAAUUUAAUCUUAGAGAUUUAUCCGCUGUUAACAUGAUCAUUCACUGGGUCCAUAACAUGACCAAAAAGAUUAUGGCUAUAAUCGUAUUUCCUAUUCUGGAUUUUGUAAUUCCUUACCAGAAAUACUUUUUCCGGGCUAGAUUGCAGAGAGCAAAAGCUAAAAAGAAGGAAGGUGUUGACCCUAUCACCCAUGCUUUUGACCAGCUGAAGAGAGUGAAAAAUCCUCCUAUACGUUUGAAAGACUUUGCAAGUGUCGAGUUCAUGAAGGAAGAAAUAAAUGAAGUUGUGGCAUUUUUACAAAAUCCUCGUGCUUUUCAAGAAAUGGGUGCUCGUCCCCCUAGGGUAUGUAAUAUGUAA